AUGGGUAAAGUAUAUUCAAAAAUACGAAGAAGAGAGUUAGUAAAUUGUUCAAGCAACGAAAUCGAUGAUGUUUCGUUGUCAACUUCAACCAGAUAUUUUGGUGACCUAAAACAUAAAAAUAAAGAUGGUUUAGGAUCAAUAAGUGAACUUGAUAGAGUAAAUUUACAGCAUUUCUUAUUAAAAGAAUUAAAUGGUUUUAAUUUUAAAUCACCAGUAGAUUUAAAUAAUCCCCAAGUCAGUGUUUUAGAUGUUGGAUGCGGUGCAGGAACUUGGAUUCUUGACUUGGCAAGCGAGAAUCCAGCAAACUUCUACGGAAUUGAUAUUUUACCACUUUUUCCAACAGAAAUCAAACCCUCAAAUGUUUCAUUCUCUAUUGCGAAUUUAAUUGAUGGAUUACCUUUUAAAGAUAAUUCGUUUGACUUUGUUCAUAUGCGAUUUUUUGUAUUUUGUUUGUCAGAAUCAGACUGGGAAAUAGCAAUUCAAGAAAUAGUUCGCGUUUGUAAACCAAAUGGAUGGAUCGAAAUAUUUGAAGUCGACAUUACGUUCGCAAAUGCUCUUAAAGAUAAGACAGGACUCAAUAAUAAAGCAAAAGAAAUUUUAUCCGAAAAAUAUAAUAUAAAUUUGUGUCCGAGUCCCUUAAUAAGAUCUUUAUUAGAAACUAAUAAUUCGCUAAAUAAAAUUUAUUUCGAACCAAAUAAAUGUAAACUUGGUAGUUGGGGUGGUAAAUUGGGAAAAUUAAGUUUAGAAAAUUAUAAAUGGGGUAUGAAAAAUUUUGCUAUGUCACUUAAUUACAUGGGAUUGACAGAGCAAGAAUUUUUUCAAUUGGUUGAAGAAAUAACUCAAGAAAUCGAAGAAACCAAAGGUGUUUAUGAC